AUGCUCCGGCAGUCGGAUCGCCGGGCUCGUCGAAGGUCUCCCCCCCGGAGGUGGUGGUGGAGGUGGUGCGGGCGGCGCCCAUGGCGAUUCCUCGCCGUCUUCGCCGCCGUUCUCCUCCUGGCCUCCUACCUAGUCUGCGCCGCCGUGCUCCGCCGAGCCAACGCCCUGGGGCGGCGGUGCUCCGCCGGAUGGAAUCCUGCAUGGCCGCGGCUGAGGAUAGCGAUGGUGAGCUUCUCCGACGAGCGCGGCGGCGGGGGGAGGUCUUUCCUGGGGAUGAUGGAUGCGGUGAGGUCGAACAAGAUGAAGUACUCGGCCGCUCGGGGUUACGACUUCCACGACGCCGGGGACAUCGUCGACCGGCGCCGCCCACCUUCCUGGAGCAAGAUUCUGGCCAUCCAGCGCCACCUCCCCGACUACGACUGGGUCUUCUGGAACGACGCCGUACGUAAACUCAGAUGUCCUUUCCGAUUUCAUCGGAGAAGAAGAGAGUGGGGGGAGUUGGGGGGGAGGGAAUUCAAUUCUGAGUCCGAUUUGUCCGUAAUUCCUUCGCUCUCACCGGAUUUUAUUUUUUCUUCUCAGGACUCCUUGGUGACCAAUUUCUCGAUCACUCUGGUGAGGACGAGAUUCAUAGUUACGAUUUGGGUUCUGUCCUUUGGCUUCUUUUUUUCUCUCUACUCCCAAAUGAACACAGAAGGAGAUCGGGCACUUUCAGGAUAGCGUCCUAUGGACGGUGAUCGGAGAUGCUGAGUUUGACGACUUGCCGGACCUAAUCCUCACCGAAGAUUUCAACGGGUUCAAUGCGGGUAAUUAUACAGAAAAAGCAGAACCACCGUCGGGAAACGAUCGCCCAUAAUCGUCUUCCUCGUCUGCUAACCGCAGGAAUGUUCUUCGUUAGACGGUCGAGGUGGAGCGAUGGAUUCCUCCAGACCUGGUGGAACCAGACGGACUUCAUCCGGUUCGGGUCCACGAAGAGCGGCGACAACGACGCCUUGAAGUACCUCAUACGGGAAUUACCGGCAGAGGAGCGGCGCCGCCACGUCCGGGUGUCGCCGAUGCAGUGCCUCUUCAACUCCUACCCCUGGGUCUUCACCUGGAAGUCCUUCUACCGCCUUCUCCGCUCCCCUGGAUCCUUCUGGAGAGGUGCUUCACUGCUCUCUCUCUCUCUCUCUCUCUCUCCCCCCAUUCCCAUUGAUUCGUGGUGUGAUGCGGAUGACUGUGCAUGGCAUGUUGGCAGGAGCUUACUCCGAUGGGGACUUCAUGGUGCACCUGGCGGGACUGGACAAUAAGAGGGAAUGGGUGACGAAGAUUCUUAAUGGAACCUGA